AUGGCUGAUCAACAGAUUCAUAAUAUAGCUCAGGAUUCUUAUAAUGUACCUCAAGAUAGUUACCAUGUGCCACAACAACAACAACAACAAAAAUACCAUACAUCAAUAGUAGAACAUCCCAUUAGCAAACUCCCCCAAGUAUCCUCGAAAACUAAAGGGAAAUAUACCCUAAAUGACUUCCACAUCUUACGAACCCUUGGAACUGGGUCGUUUGGCAGAGUCCAUCUUGUGCGAUCGGUGCAUAACGGACGGUUCUACGCCAUGAAGACAUUGAAGAAAAGUCUUGUGGUGCGGAUGAAACAAGUUGAACACACCAAUGACGAACGUCGAAUGUUGAAAAUCGUCGAGCAUCCUUUCAUCACCAGGAUGUGGGGCACGUUCCAAGACGUCAAAUACAUUUAUAUGAUCAUGGAUUAUAUCGAGGCCGGGGAAUUGUUCUCGUUAUUGAGGAAGUCUAACAAAUUCCCUAACCCCGUGGCGAAAUUCUACGCCGCUGAGGUCUGUCUUGCGUUGGAAUACCUCCAUGAUCAUAAUAUCAUUUAUCGAGAUUUGAAACCUGAAAACUUGUUGCUUGAUAAGAAUGGACAUAUCAAGAUCACCGAUUUCGGGUUUGCCAAAGAGGUUCCGGAUGUGACUUAUACCCUUUGUGGGACCCCCGAUUACAUUGCUCCCGAAGUGGUGGCCACCAAACCUUACAAUAAAUCGGUCGAUUGGUGGUCGUUUGGGAUUUUGGUAUUUGAAAUGCUUGCCGGGUAUACCCCAUUCUGCGACCCUUCGCCGAUGAAGACUUAUGAAAACAUCCUUGCCGGAAACGUACGGUACCCGAACUAUUUCCACGAAGACGCGUUGGAUUUAUUGCAAAGCUUGAUCACCGCGGAUUUGAGUAAGCGGCUAGGGAAUUUGCAAGGGGGUACCCAAGACGUCAAGAACCAUCCGUGGUUCAGCGAAGUAAUUUGGGAACGGUUGUACAAUCGAGAUAUCGAAACUCCAUACGAGCCACCGAUCCAGAGUGGGGUCGGGGAUACCAGUUUAUUCGAUAAAUACCCGGAAGAUGAACAGGAUUAUGGUAAUAUGGAAGGGGAAGAUCCUUACGCGAAGUAUUUCCAAGAGUUUUGA